GCCUCCACUGCUCAACGUAGCUGACCUGAUUAUGUCACCAUCAGAGGUAGAAACCCAGGAAGAGGAAGAAGAAGCUCCACCUGAAGUAGAAGAACCUCCCUCCACUGCUGAAGAGCCUGCAGAAGAAGAGUCUUCAGCUGCAGAUGAAGAUGACUCCAAACCCAAACCAAAGGCGUUUGCUCCGGCUAUAGCUGUGCCAAAGAUACCAGAGGGAGAAAAAGUCGACUUUGAUGACAUCCAGAAGAAGCGUCAGGAGAAGGAUCUGGCUGAGCUGCACUCUCUGAUCGAGGCCCACUUCAUUCAGAGGAAGAAGGACGAGGAAGAGCUCAUCGCCCUCGUUAAUAGGAUUGAGAAGCGUCGUGCUGAGAGGGCUGAACAGCAGAGGAUCCGUACUGAGCAGGAGAAGGAGAGGCAGGCUCGUGUUGCUGAAGAAAAGGAGAGGAAGGAGCAGGAGGAGGCGCGUAAGAAGCAGGAUGAGGACGCCAAGAAGAAGAAAGCUCUCACAAACAUGACUCAGCAGUAUGGAGGCCAACAGAGGCAAGAUGGCAAGAAGGGAGCUAAGAAGCAGACAGAGAGAGAGAAGAAGAGGAAGAUCCUGGCGGAGAGGAGGAAGCCUCUCAACAUCGACCAUCUCAACGAGGACAAACUGAAGGACAAGGCCAAUGAGCUGUGGCAGUGGCUGAUGACGCUGGAGGCUGAGAAGUUUGACCUCAGCGAGAAACUGAAGAGACAGAAAUAUGAUAUCAAUGUGCUCCAGACCCGAAUCAAUGAGCAGCAGAAGUUCGCCAAAGGAAGAGGCAAGGCCAAGGGCAGGGUGAGAUAGAAGAGAGCCUCAGCAGGAACUCUCUGAGGAGUCGUCUGAAAAUGAGCCGCGGUGUUGAACCUGAUUACAUUAAUGUUCACUUUAACAAAGACGCAGCGCUGCAAGAGCUGGAUGUAGAUCUAAACAAUAAAGAAACUUGUGCUUUUGA